UGUCCAUUCUUCUCCGUGCACCAAAGCACUUUCAGGCGUGAGACCCACCUCGGUACUCGCGCACAUGCCGAAAUGCCGAGACUACUCCAUAGAUAGUGUCGGUCGCAUUGAUAUACUCAAAUAUCCACAGGUCUUGUACGCCACAAACAGUCGCCCAGAGUCACAAUCGUUGCAAAGAAAAUUAUAUCGACACCAUGCCGAUAUUGUCAACAUUGGCGGCGUUCUUCCGCCGUCAUAAAAGAAAGCUUAUGUUCACGUCUGCAGCAUCAGUCACGGCAUACUUGUUGUUCCACCAGUUGGUGAUAAAACGGUUCCGUAAUUUCCAGAACUCCUUAAGACAAGAGCUAUACGUGAAAGAGCAGAUCAAGAGAAGGUAUAUUCAGACUCAAACAGAUUGCUACCUCACCAUUUUGGCAUUAUUACCAGUACUCACCCACCCCAUCAUGGUACAUUUGCCUACCGAAUCGAUCACUUCUGCACUCAAGCGGAAGAAAAAUGUCAAUCGGGAAAUGAGUGACUCUCUAACUACCGAGAACUUGCUAGCACAUUCGGAAGAAAAUCCUUCCCUGUCUUCUUUGGAUAUGCAGCAUCUCAUGUCCAAAUCCAAGUUGGAGUUGUGGAACGACUUGAAAGUAAAAUCCAUUUCCCGCAUUCUCGCCCUCAUCUAUUCUUCAUCUGGUCUACUUUUACUCACUAGAUUGCAGCUUAAUAUUCUAGCAAGAAAGUCUUACCUUGAGCUGGCCAUUGCCAUGGCCGGGGGCUCGCCACAAACAGGGUCGCAGAACUCUUACGACUAUUUCAUUGAACAGAGUUAUUUGUCUUUGAGUUGGUGGUUGCUAAAUCACGGGUGGCUAGAAAUUUCUGACCGUAUUGAGAAGCUAGUUGAGCGCAAGUUUUCUGGAAUAAGUCCCAAGACCGAAAUGACAAUGGAAAAGUUCAGCCAAAUGUUGUCGGAAAUCAAUGACGAUGUGUUCUCUGACAUAGAAUGUCCAGUAAUGCAUCUGAUCUACCCAAUCAAGUACGAUGACUUGAUAGAGACUCUCAUGAGUACCAACCCUGAGCUUGUCAGCGAGCUUGAGGGAAAGGAUCUGAACCUUGUUAAAUUGGUCAAUGAGACUAAUUACGUUUUGACAGACGCAUUCACGCUGCACGUAUUCUCGAAACUAGUUCAAAGUGGCCUCAGUACCUUGUACGAGAACAUUCUGAUACAGCUUAAUCCCGAAAGCCAAGCGGGACGUGCCAACAAGCUCGCGACCUUCUUGGCCCAGCUUUCAGUACAGUCAGCUAUGUUGGGCGAUUCCCAGAGCUAUUCAGUUGACAGCGAGAUUCCAGGCAACGCCUAUAUAAAUAAAAUCAAUGAUGUGGAUGAACUCGAGGAAUUCAGUGCCAGCAUUUACUCAAACUUUGAGUGAGCUUGUAUUCCGAGAUCCUCUCCGGAGACCCAUGAUAGUUCCAUAAGGGGUUGUGACACUAAGAAAUACAAAUAUUUAGAACUAUUUACACAUUUUUACUGUGUUUUUUAUUUUAUUUUGCAAUUCACUCAUCCCCUUAAAAAACCAUGUUGAUU